AGCUGCGCUCUGGCUUUAGCGAGUUUUAGUUUUUGUAACUUAGGAUUAGGUGAUUAGCGGACCUUUUCCUGCAUCCGCUUAUAGCUACAGUUUUUGCGUGAUUUUUAUGGCAAUUUCGCGAGAAGUUGUGAAUCUAUAGAUUAUGAAAUUAAAUGGAAAGCUUUUCUUGUUGAUUGUAGUACGUUGUUAUAAUACAUAGGUUUAACCACACUAUCUAAGGAACCCAGGUCGUGAGGAACAUAACACCAUCGAAUGUUUUGUUUCUAAAGAUUUCACUUCUGUCCGGCAGAUUACACAAAUUUUCUGAAGUUUUGGCACAAAGAGUCAUUUAGUCACUCACCAAUUAUCCAAGAAGUAUCGUUGGCGUUUACUCAAACUUUUGAUGGAAUCUAGAUUUAAAUGGAUUCACGGCCAAGUAUUUGAUGGAGAUCUCAAGUAAAUAUGCUUGAUAGUACAGAGACCUAGUAUGAGGAAAUGCCUUGGCGAUUUCGUUGUGGUUGCAAAAGCGAAGCUGUUACAACGAGACUUCUAAGAAGGGCGCCAACCUCAUGGUGAUCGCUGUAAUAGCAGAAUAGAAACCUGUCACAAUAAAGCGGUCGUGAACGCACACCCUCGACCACACACACGAUACACGUGGGUCGCAACGUAGAGAGAACGUCGCACGCCUUAGACGAUUGCAAGCUAAGCAGAAUUUUAUGUGCAAUCGUCGAUGGUCACACGUCUUUGGUUGACGAGACCAAGCUAACAACGAGGAUUUUAGCUGAUCAAUUAGGCAAGCGGCCUCACUGCACUUGAAACAGGUUCGCGGCAAGAUGAUGGAGCUUAGCGCGAAGACGAGUAAACCGUUGCAGAUCGUGCACGUGGAUCUGCAUAGCAAUGAGGUUCGGGUAAAUCAGGAGAACUUGAAGGUUAUCAGCGAUAACCUCAAAAAUGCGAAGGUGGAGCGAAUUAGCGUCGUCUCAGUGAUGGGAGCGUAUCGAACAGGAAAGAGCUUCCUGCUCGACCUUUUUCUUUAUGGCAAAGAAAAAUCAUGUUAAUGGAAAUGAUCCGUAGAUGAGAAAAACGAAGAAUCUCAUGGGGAGCUUCUGCUGAGCUCCCAGCUAAUCAUCAUUUUGUUCUAGGUAAGCACGUAUUUGACUUACAAGCAAAGUGAAAUACGUUUUCAUCUUCUAAUUCAAACGAUACCUUGAAUAUGGCGAGACAAAUCCGGAGGGUGCACCAGCGGGAACGGAAGACACCUCGCGAGCCAGCACGAGUUCAUUAUGAGACGAGAUAACGAAGAUCAACCUUUUUAUCAAUCGAACAACUGGAAAAGUGGCAUUAAAUCAUGACGGUCACGCAGCCCACUUCUAGUGUGACUUUCGUUUAUCCAACGUCGAGAAUCAUUCUUGCUCCUUUCUGCUUUCCCAAAGAUUUAUUUCACCAAUUUUAAUUCUUUUUUCCACUUCCCCCUCCUCCCCUACUGCUUCUCUCUCUCUCUAAGCCCUUCUUCUUCCUUAGCAGGAGCACCACCUGACGAUCGAGAGACUGGAAAGCCAUUCGAAGUUCCAGCUUGGAUGCGAUCAGCGGGCAAGCUUAGCGAAGCCUCAGACGGCACGACGCCAAGAGACGGCAUCCCUGCCAAGCACUCACCACGAGGCUUCAGUUGGAGAGGAGGUGCGAAUAGGUGCACCGAAGGAAUGUGGAUCUGGCCAGUGCCGUUUGUGAAAACUGUGACGGUAAUAGAUACUUUCUGGCCAGUGCCGUUUGUGAAAACUGUGACGGUAAUAAGUACUUUGAAAAUUGGAUGUAGUGACGCGGGCGCGGCCUGCAGCAUUAUGCAGAAUAAGUUGUGUAAAUCUUUCUAUUUCAUCAUCCCAUCAAAUCACGUGGUUUGAUGGACAUGAUCAAUCUCUUAAAUCAGGUAA